AUGGCCAUGCAGUGGAGUGUCAUAAGUCUCGUGGCAGUGGCCAUGCUGGGCUGUCUGUGUGACGCUCAAUGGAAGUCGCCUCACCAACCACCUCAGAAGCCUGCCCAACCCCGUCCUCAGUGGCCUUCCUACCCCCUUCCUCAGAAGCCUGCUGAACCCCUUCAUCAGAAGCCUGCCCAACCCCUUCCUCAGAAGCCUGCCCAACCCCUUCCUCAGUGGCCUUCCUACCCCCUUCCUCAGAAGCCUGCUGAACCCCUUCAUCAGAAGCCUGCCCAACCUCUUCCUAAGUGGCCUUUCCACCCCCUUCCUCAGAAGCCUGCCCAACCCCUUCCUAAGAAGCCUGCCCAACCCCUUCCUCAGAAGCCUGCCGAACCCAUACAUCAACUGAUACCCUACACCAAAGGCGACACAAAACAGACCUGUGAGGUUGAGGACAAGAACAAGGUGUCGUGUGGACUUUCUGGCAUCACUGCUGUCCAAUGCCAGGCCAUCAGCUGCUGUUUUGAUGGACGGAUGUGCUUCUAUGGGAAAGCAGGUAGGUGUCAGACCAUGCUCAUUUUACUCUAGAACUCUCACUCCCAAGUUGUAACAGUGUGAUUUUACUUAAUGUAUUGCCCCCUCAGAGAAACAAGUAUUUUUCUCUUUACCAGAAAACUAGUAAUUGGAUUGUGAACUCUUCAAUCUCAACAAUUCCACUUACACUUACCCACUUAGAUAUGGCCAUUUUGUAUCCAACAAUCAACAAGCACCAAAAUGUUCCAGUUUACUCAGCGAUCAGGACUACUAACUUCAUGUUUUUCUUAUGCUCUUUGUCACCAGUGACUGUCCAGUGUACCAAGGAUGGCCAGUUUGUGGUGGUGGUUUCCAAGGAUGCCACUCUGCCCAACCUGGAGCUAGAUUCCAUCAGCCUGCUAGGGACAAACGGAGAUCACUGCACCCCUGUCGGCACCACAUCUGCCUUUACCAUCUAUCAGUUCAAAGUCACUGAUUGUGGAACUGUAAUGACGGUACGUAUGACCAGGGUUUGGAUUCAGUACAAUGAAACUGUAUCUUAACUAGAGAGCUCCAGUGUUGCUCUAGCACCUAAUUCAGCUAAUCGAGGUCCUAAUGAGCAGCUGAUUAGAAGAAUGGAGUUUGUUAAAGCAGGGCAGGACUUACUUACCCAGUAGCUCUUCUGGAAGAGGGUUGACCAUCCCUGGGCUAUAUAAUGAGUUAUAAAGUACUUCUUUCUACUUUUGCACAAUGUGAUACAUGAUCUGUCUGCAGGAGGAACCAGGUACUAUUUUCUAUGAGAACAGGUUGUCCUCUUCAUAUGUAGUGGGGAUUGGACCCUUCGGCGACAUCACCAGGGACAGCCACUAUGAGUAGGUGAUAUUUGCCUAGAAUGUGGUGUCAUGGCCAUUUAUAUACAGUGAUAAGGUAUAAUGUUUUUUAAGUUAUUAAAAACAUGUAUGAACAUUCAUAAUGUAUAAUAAUGUGUUCUGUCUCUCUAUGUAACAACAUUUCAACUGACUUACAAUGGCUUGUAUUUAGUCAGGACCAUUAUGAGAUUAUUAUAAAGCAUGAGGGUACAUGCUCAUAACCUCAUUACUGCCUCAUAACGUGUUAUACCUGCAGGCUUUAUUGGCCAUUCCCAGAAAAUGUGCCGCUUCUGCCUUCUUUGGUAUGUGAUGUCUCUCUGAAAGCUCUGACUAUAUUGCUUUCUUCUCAGCCUGCUCUUCCAGUGUCGGUAUACUGGGACUUCCGUUGAGACACUGCUUAUGGAGGUGAAAAUGUAUCCAAACCCCAACCCAAUGGUUACUGUUGAUGCAGUUCUCAACGUGGAGCUCCGACUGGCCAAUGGACAAUGUCUCUCCAAAGGAUGUGAUGAAGGUAAGACCUAGUUUUGAUAUUGUUCCUGUGUAUCUGAUAUGAGGUAUACGGUCUGGGUUCAUGUGAGUUUUUUCACCAGGUGUUCAGGUUUAUCUGCAUCACUUAAUAUUUUUUUAUUGCACAUUUUCUGAUUAAAUAAUAAUAAAAUUAUAUAUAUAUAUAAUUUUAAAAAGUAUAAAGGGAAAAAGCCUGAUAUGAACCUAAUGAUGAUGGAGUAAUGUAUCACUUUUCCAAGUGCUUUGUGGUUUAAGUGAUUUACAGUAUAUUGUAAGGUGAACUCAUCCACUAACAAUGUGAUUUUCCUCCACAGUGCAAGAAGCAUACACCUCUUACUACACGUUGGCAGACUACCCAGUCACCAAGGUCCUCAGGGAUCCCGUGUAUGCUGAGGUUCGCAUCCUGGGGAUGACAGAUCCCAACGUUGUCCUGAUACUGGAGCAGUGCUGGGCCACCACAAACCCCACAGGUGAUAGGCUGCCCCGGUGGGACCUACUGGUUAAUGGGUAACUAACUACUCUAUACUUUUUAAACUUUGCACUAUAUAUAUGUUCAAAAUUGAAAGCAAGUAAUUUAAAUACAUUUCUAAAUCCAGCUAUUCUUUUUGAAGUUUGUGAACAAUAUAGUACUCUGAUUAAUCAAUUUCCCCCCAGGUUCUGUCCUAGCUGGUCUCUGGUGCUCCUCACCAUGACUCUCUCUCUCUCUGUGUUCAUCUCCCCCCAGGUGUCCCUACCAUGAUGACCGUUACCUGACCGUGCCCAUCCCUUCGGACAGCUCCUAUAUCCCUCCGGGAGACUUCUUCUCCCACUACAAGCGCUUCGUCUUCAAGAUGUUCACCUUUGUGGAUCCGACAUCUAUGGUCCCCCUGCAGGAGAAUGUAAUGAGUGCAGUCCAAUUCCAAAUCACAUCAGAACCCCUAUAGACACUUGUGUAGAUCUGAGAGCAUUGCAUAGAUGUAAAGAUGGUGGUUAAGAUUCCACCUAACAUACCAUAGAGCAAGGUGUAGCUAUUAACAUAUUGCUUACACAUGUAUCUAUUUUAUACAUAUUGUAUAGUGCUUCCUCACACACCCAGAGUGCUUUAAACAUAAAUAAAAGCAUCACAAUCAGGUGGAUGAAGACCGGAUAUAGAUAUAGACAUUACCAUGGUACAAAUCAAUGUAGACAAGGCUCUGUUGAUCAGCUCCAGAGAUGCAGCUGAUUUCAUUUCUAACAUGGUUCGGUCUCACCAGGUGUACAUCCACUGUCGUGCAACAGUGUGCCACGCUCUAGCAGGCUCCUGUGAACAAAGGUGCAACAAGCAAAGUGAGUGGUGUGCUUAGGCCCAGGCUGUCAUGUUUACUCUGUGCAACAGUUUGGAGUAUAUUUGUAUUGGUACAGGCUGUGUGAGUGGCACAGGAGGUUGGUGGCACCUUAAUUGGGGAGGAUGGGCUCGUGGUAACGGCUGGAGCGGAAUUAGUGGAAUGGUAUCAAACACAUUGCUUCUAUGCGUUUGAUGCAAUUCCAUUUGCUCUGUUCCAGACAUUAUUAUGAGCUGUCCUACUCUUAGCAGCCUCCGUCUUUAGUUUGGAGUCUGUGUCUGUGCUCUGACUGUCUUUUCUAUUCAGGGAGAGAUCUUUCUUCUCAAGGCCAGAAGAAGACUAAAGGAGAUGUUGUGGUUUCCAGUCACAAAGUCAUCAUGAUUGACCCAAGUCCUCUUGCUUAA